AAGAGAUCGAAAACGAAAACCUGGACCUGAACGAUUAAAUGUUUUCUCACGAAGUUCUUUCAUUAUUCAUACACCUGCAAUAAACAGGAAAAGCAUGCAUAAGUACUUUGUAGAAGUAAUCAAGGUUGGACCCAUAUAUGAUGUCAACGUUUUCGAUUGGUCAGUUCUUCCUUCUGUAGCGUGGAAACAAAGUUGGUCGGCUGGACUUGUACGGUAAAUUGCUAAAAAUACCGCGCCAAUUUGAAAAUGCAAGUAAAGCAUCCAGUAUCCGGUUACAUUACACAAUCCUUGCGAUAUUGAAUGUCCGACUCACCUCUCAAAUAAACAUAUUUAGGGAAACGAAACUUCAAACAACAACAACGUCGAAACCGUUUGUAGUUUUUAUCGUUCUGGUUGGUUGCAAUGUUAUAAUGCCGUUCCAGCUAUAAUAUAUUCAUCCAUUGUUGACGUGGGGGCAAAGAAUGGUUCAUUCACAUAUGACAAGGAAGUACAGCGUCAUUUGGUUGGAUUCUUUCCCGAGUUUCACUUGUUGAAAGCUUCUUUUAUCAUCGAAUACUAUUUAAACGAUGGCUAAAGUUGCCUCCAGUAUUUCAGGUGUAAACGGAACAAAAUUGCCGCCAUGUUGUGGUCAUCGACGGUCGUCCAGUCUCCCUAUUCCACCAGCGUUUCUUCAAACGACGUUAAGCAAUGGAAAUGUGGAUCAACGGAAUGACCAAGAUGCAAAUGAUUCUGUUGAUUUGAGUGGAUUGGUGGAAACAUUUAAACAGAUAUCGGAGAGUCUUUUUCGCCCAGCCAAAAUAUUACUGGACUUUCUCGAUAAAAAGAAUGGAAAUAUGCUGCGUACGAGCAAGGAUUCGAGCUCUGACGAUGACAUGGACUCAGAGGACCGAAUAGAAACUGCUUUAAAGCAGCUCAAUACCAUUCAGGGUAAUUUAAAGCAUGUUCUUCCUCAUAUGGAAGCUAUAAUGAAUGAUUAUAAAACAACGAAGGAACGAACUCAAUCGCGAGAUGAGAUGUUGAAAACUUUAGACAAAGCGUUGCGUCGGAGCGAGGGACGCAGUCGAGCAUUGAGGGACGAGUUACAAGACAUGCGCGACGAAAAUAAAUGCCUACGGGAAAAAGCGCAGCAAAAUGAAAGCAUUUUAAGGUUUCUAAAUACUGACAAAGCUGACGGAAACAUUGGCCAAAGAAUAAUACAUGACAAUGCGGGUUCGUCCAGUAAAGGACUGGACCAAGUCAAUGGUCAGUUGGAUUCCGGAGGGACUGUGUACGAGACCGAUGGACGAGAUAAGGACAUUGCUGCUAAACUAGAGCAUUAUCAAAAAGUACUUUGUGACUAUGAGACUCAACUUCAGGAAGUUGUGGUAUUAAAUAAGGAACUCGUGUUGAAAAUUAACGAACGAGAGUCUGAAGUGAUGAGGUUGAACUGCGAACUCUUGAAACACCAGGAAACUUUGGCUGUUUACGAACAGGGAUUUAAAAAUCUCACAUCGGAUAACAAUCAGCUCGACAUCGAGAUUAGGGACGAACGAAAAAAGGCUGCUGAGCUCAGUGAGAAACUGGACGACGCCGAAGGGUACAUUAGUUGCAUCACAGACAAAGUUGCUUCCUAUGAAGUUGAAUUAAAAUAUUUAAGACAGGAACUGAGAAAAUGUAAUAAAAAAGCGACUUAGUUGGAGUUGUACAGUAAAUAGGAUGAAUGUUUUAGAUAAUGACCUCAUUAAUAACUUUUGAUGGGA